UAUAUAUCUCUGUAGCACGUUCAAGCUGUCCGUGAGUGUUAAAUUCCAUUUGAACAUAACUCGUAGAAACGCUUUCUCUGCAGACAUCCGAUCGGUUCAUACAAUGUCAGCUAAAAACGAAAAGAUCGUGAUUAUUGGGAGUGGCUUGAUCGGGCGCAGUUGGGCGAUGCUUUUUGCCAGUGUGGGAUAUCAAGUGACUAUUUAUGAUAUUGUGGAAGAUCAAAUUAAAAAUGCAUUGUUGGAUAUCGGUCAACAAUUAAAACGUCUCGAGACUGCCGGUCUUCUGCGGGGCACAUUGACAGCAGAAGAGCAAGUUAAAUUGAUAAAAGGAUCAUCAAAUUUGCCGGAGAUUGUGAAAGGAGCAAAAUUUAUUCAAGAAUGUGUGCCGGAAAAUCUCUCAUUGAAAAUAAAACUUUAUAAUGACCUCGAUAAGAUCGUUGACGACAAAGUAAUCUUGUCCUCUUCAACGUCUACAUUUCGCCCAUCUCUUUUCAGUGAGAAACUAAAGCAUCGUGAUCAGAUUAUAGUCUCUCAUCCUGUGAAUCCUCCUUACUAUGUGCCACUCGUGGAAAUAGUGCCAGCCCCGUGGACGCGUCCCGAUAUUCCUGAAAAAACGAAGGCCAUCAUGGCGGAAAUCGGUCAAAAACCCGUUGUCUUUAGUAGGGAGAUUGAUGGUUUCGCACUCAAUAGAAUACAAUACGCAAUCUUAAAUGAAGCUUGGAGAUUGGUAGCUGACGGUGUGCUGAGCGUAAAGGAUAUUGACGCAGUGAUGAGCGAAGGUCUUGGAAUGCGUUAUGCUUUCCUUGGUGCUUUUGAGGCUGCACAUCUAAAUGCCGAAGGGAUGAAGAAAUAUUGUGAAACGUAUAACAAGUCCAUCUAUGACGUGAGUAUGACUUUCGGACCGGUGCCUAAAUUUGUGGGCGAGAUGGCAGAAAAAAUCAGCAAUGAAUUGAAUGAAAUGUGUCCACUUGACAAAUUGCAAGAACGACGAGCGUGGCGAGACACUGCUUUAACGAAGUUGUCCAUACUCAAGAAGGAAUUAAAUCAGAAACAAUAAAAUAUUUAUGAAUAAACAUAUCUGAAUAUACAUCAAUUGAGUAAUUGAUGUAUCAGUGUUGAAAUCUUUUAAAACAAUUCUGUGAUAAAAUUUUAUCAAACUGACUAUAAGAAAUGCACUAUUCCUAUUGAAAAUUAAAUUGUACACAUUAAUGUACAUAUCAUUGUUAAAAUCAAUACUUAUAUAUUAUUUGAAA